AUGUCCCCUCCUGAGCUCCACCUCCUCCAGCCCCCGCCUGGGCUCUGCUCCUUCUUCCUUGUUGGCGCUCAACCGGACGAGGCUGAACUGCCACAAACUGCGGCAGAGGGACACGUCGAUGAGGAUGGCAAGUCGAGUGCCGAGUGCCGGGACCAAGAGAUCAUGAUCGAAGAGGAAGCGAAGAACAAGAUCGUCAUCAGAUGCUCGUCCUGCUCAACCCUGCAUGGGUGGAUGGAACGGACAAUAGCGGAGGACAUGGACAUUGCUCGUCCUGAAGAACGUCGAGGAUUUGACGCUGCUGCUUCUUACCUCUGUAGAGAUCCUGGUAUGGUGCCUCGUAACAAUGAUACUGUAAAUGGAACCGAUGCAAAGCGUAAUUAUCGUUUAUUAUAUAUGUUUGUAUUCUUGACCACAUUACUCUGCCUCUAUGUGUCUGGGUUCUGUUGGGUGUACAUAAUUAAGAUCAAAGAUGCAGAGGAUUCAUCGAUUUAG